AUGGCGUCCGACGGAGCUUCUGCCACGGCCGCCCGCUGUCUGCUGCUGCUGCUGCUCCUGGGCUUCGCAUCAGCUUCUCCGUUCCUGCUCAAAGAGGGCGACUCCUGCCGGGACGGCCCGUCGGCGGGCAGGUGCCUGCGCGUGCGCCACUGCGGGCCGGCGCUGCAGGCCAUCCGGCGGGGGCGGCCGCCGCCCCCGCGCUGCGGCUUUGCCGGCCUCGAGGAGGUCGUCUGCUGCGCCGACGUCGCAGGCCGCGAGGGCGACGCCGCCGACCUCGCCGGCGACGGCGGCCGCCGCGACGCCGACGCCGGCGCCAGCAACGACAUCGCGGCGGACGACGGCGCCGGCGCGGCCGCCACCGACCGGCCCAGCACAGCAGCCUGUGGUAUCUACAAAAACCAGUGGAGCGGCCCAGACGACUACAUCUUGGGCGGAAAAAUGGCCGGUGUUGGAGAGUUUCCACACAUGGCGGCGCUGGGCUACAACCUACCGGAUACGGAGGGCCUCAGCUGGCUGUGCGGAGGGACCCUCAUCAGCGACCAGUUCGUCCUCACCGCGGCCCACUGCUGCGCCAACAGGAUCACGGGCAGACCGGUGAGCGUGCGGCUCGGGACGCUGAGUCCCAGCUCGGGGGCGGCCGGCGACUCCGACUACGGCGUCUCGCGGCUCAUCCUGCACCCCGGCUACAGCAGGCGCCAGCGCUACCACGACAUUGCGCUGCUGGAGCUGGACAGGAGGGUGGACCUGGGCGGCGCCGUCUUCCCCGCCUGCCUGGACACGAGCCCCGCACACGGCGCCGACUUCCUCGCCACAGGCUGGGGGGCCACGAACGCUGCCGGAACGCGAGCCAGCUCGGUGCUUAUGAAGACUACAAUAUCUCCAUUCCCACUAUCAGACUGCCAAAACGCUUACAAGGAUAGAUUCCCAAGAGGACUGAAUUCGUCGGUAAUUUGUGCCGGAGAUCCGCAAGGAAAAACGGAUACCUGCGUUGGCGACUCCGGCGGUCCUCUGGUGAGGGGAAACAAAGCCCCCUACACUGUGGUCGGAAUCACCAGCUUAGGGCCAAAGCCGUGUGGCGGCUCAGUGCCCAGUAUCUACACGCGCGUCUCCAGCUACGUGGGGUGGCUGGAAAAACUCGUCUGGCCCUAAAGGCGAACGGCUGACAGCACAGCUAUCUCAGGGAUACUUAACAACUAUCUUUAUGGCAAUUAGCACACAACUGUAACCAAAAACGUACUGUGAUUAAUGUGAGUCUCGUAGUGGACGCAUCACUGAUCAAUGAACAGCAUGCGACAAAUGAA